GAUGUAAGGCGGACAGGCUCGCGCGCUUUCCUCCUGCCGGGACGGAGUCCUCCCUCCCCGCCCGCAGCGCCGUGCGCCCCCUCUUCCAGCUGUGCCCAGGAUCCGCUUCCAGAGCCCCGGAGACCUGCACGCCCAGCGCGAGGCUGGGAAAGACCCUCCUCCCCUGUCCCACCUCCCACCUUCGGUGUGCAGAGUCGGUGAGGGAAACCAAGCUUGGCUCUCGGAACCCAGGGAGAGAACCAAGGGACAGCGCAUACGAAGGUUUCUGGAGACAUUCAGACUUUCCCCAUUCACCGGAGGUGGCAGGAGCCUUCAGAAGAGAGACGAGGUGCUCCUUGGCUACCAAGCAGCCCCCAACCCUGAAUGGAGUGAAAGAUGCGGCCUGAUGACAUAAAUCCUAGGACUGGGCUGGUGGUGGCCCUGGUCAGUGUUUUUCUGGUCUUUGGCUUCAUGUUCACUGUCUCUGGCAUGAAGGGGGAAACUCUGGGGAACAUCCCUCUGUUGGCCAUCGGGCCAGCCAUCUGCCUACCAGGCAUCGCAGCCAUUGCUCUGGCCAGGAAGACCGAAGGAUGCACCAAGUGGCCAGAGAAUGAGCUACUAUGGGUCCGCAAGCUACCCUGUUUCCGGAAGCCCAAGGACAAGGAAGUUGUGGAACUGCUGAGGACCCCCUCAGACCUGGAGUCCGGCAAGGGGAGCUCAGAUGAACUGGCUAAGAAGGCAGGCCUCAGAGGGAAGCCGCUCCCACAGGGGCCAGGUGAGGUGCCGAUGGCCAGCUCCAUUACCACCCCCACCCCCACAGAGGAAGGAGAAUGCCAGAGUCUAGUCCAGAGUGGGCGUCAGGAGGAGACGUCCAGAUAUCUGGAUGGUUACUGCCCCUCAGGCAGUUCCCUCGCCUACAGUGCCUUGGACGUCAAGGGCUCAGCCUGGGACAGGGCUGACCGCCCUGAGCCUGAGGACAGCAUCUUUUUUGUGCCCCAGGACAGUAUCAUCGUUUGCUCCUACAAGCAGAACAGCCCCUAUGACAGAUACUGUUGCUACAUCAAUCAGAGCCAAGGCAGGUGGGACCACGAGACAAUAGUCUGAUCUGGGCAUACAAGGGUCCCAUGCUGACAGACACAUUGCUACACUCAGCUCGCAAAGGAAGAAAAUCUCUGCUCCAACAACCUUCACACUAUUAGAAACUGGCAUGGUAUGUGAUGGGGUGCAGACCUCUGGUGCCUGAUACUGUGUAAAUAGGCAUGUGGGGGCAUAUUUUAGGGAGGUACUGAGAAUUGCUUCUCUUUAAGGAAGAGGCAAUAAAUAGGAAAGAAAGUUCCAUUUGCUUCUGAACAAUUUAAACAAUGUCAAAUGUUUUGUAAAACAGCCCCCAACGUGCUAGGAAGCCCCUGGUGACAGCCAGGGGCGUCUAGAGUGAGCCAGGAAUCAAAUGAUGCAGGGCUUUCCACACAGAGGCUGCCUGCUUAGUGUCUGAAGAAAGUGAAGGGACAUUUUGUGUUCCUUUAUACGAAAUGAGUUUUGCCUGUUAAAAAGCUUUGCACAUAUGGUAAUCGAUGAAAGAAAUAAAAAUCAAUAUAAUAGGUAAACCCUCCUUCGAUGGGAUGGAUUUUGGAGGAAGGGGAGUUAAAAAUAGUUGGAAUGUAUAAUUGAGUCCUGGUUUCUGACAAGAUCAUGGUUUCAGAUAAAGUGUUGACUAUGUUAUGUGAAAAGUUAGCAUUUUAAGUGGUUAUGUUAAUUCUUAAACUCAUUUGGGUUGAUUUGCUGGGACUUUAUUUGAAGUUUUUAAAUGUUUAUUAACACUCACCAGGUGCAAAAUGACUUGAUGUAAUAUUUUCAUAGAUUAGAAUUUCUUUUAUCAAGACAAAACAAAUUUUACAUAUAUAUCUCAAAGUGUCCUCAACAUUUCUGAGAGGCAUGUAAAACAUGAAACUACAGAGUUUCAAUUAAUUAAUCCUGAACAGUAUGAAAAAUUGAAAAAUGUGUAUGAAAUGCAAUGGUCAAGAGUUUGGAAAUGCUGCCUUUGUACAUUUAUUCAUCAACCUCCGACCCCUGACAAUGACUGUAAAUGUCAAUGAAACAAGAGUUAAUUUAUAAGAUUUACCUGAAGCUCAUAGUUUAUUAAGUUUACUGAAUCAGUGAAAUUUACAUGAUAAAAAUCUCAUUAUUUCCUACUAUUUUUGUGGCUGAGAGAAGAGACACCAGAGUGGUAUUUAUUUCCUGUUUCUCUUGCUUAGUUGCAGCAGAUAAAAAGAAUCAUCAACUGAAAUGUCAUUUUAGCCCUCUUGUAGAGUAACUGCAUUUAUGGGAAUGGUGAUAUAUUUAUUCUUGAGAGUUAGGAUUAUUUUAUACCCUUCAGUGAGUUUUGAUUCUAAUUAUUAUACCAAAUAGUUGUAGUCAUUUUCUCCCAAAAGGUGAAUUGAGGACAAAAAAUUGGGGGGGGGCUUGUCUCUUUUAUGUAUUUCAAGUUCAACUCUGUGGUUCUUAAGUCAUCUGUCCUGUCUUAAGAAUUAUGCUCUUAAAAGUCAUAAUUCUUGAAUGAUGUUUAAGAUCAAAAGCAUGUCAUCUUUUUAGUCAGGUCUCAAGUUUGGGAAAUGAGAUGUGUGAUCUUGGACAAAGUUCAUCUUCUGACACCUCAGUUUCCUACUCUGUGGAAGAGGAAUGGGCAAAAGACUGAUUUACACUAAGUUAUUUCCAUCAGUCAUUCCCAGGUAGGAUAGUCUAAAAUAUUAAAUCAAAGGAACUGUAUGUUGCAGGAAGUAAGCUACAGCAAAAUGCAUGCCCAUGUUAUGCAAUACAUGAUUAAAACCAUGCCAUGUGGAUUAAAUUGCUACUACUUAAAAGAAUUUUGUAGAUAUAUGAAAUCAGAUGUAUUCUCUUAUUAAAUAUUAUUUAUUAGACACCAAUAUAUUCCUGUGCAUAAAACUGAAAAUAUUAAGAUUUUUUGAAGAAAAAAAUGUUUUAAACUCAAUGGAUCCCAAAGCAAUCUGUCAUACAGCUUUGUACUCCAUGUAACUCUAGAAGUGGUGGUGAGGGGUAGUUUCCUAAAAUCACAAUAUUCUGUUUUGAAAGCAGAAAACAGUAUUUAUAUAGAGAUUAUUGGAAAUGCUUACAGUAACAAAAGUUUCCCCCGUGUGCUUGCCACUGGUGGCAUUGUCAGAAGAAGCAAGGCGGAUAGAUAGGCAGAUGUUUGUUGGGGCUCUUACACGGGUCUGAGGGGAGAGGACUGGAGUGUCCACUAAGGUUUAGAAUUUUUCACAUAAUAUGUACAUCUGUGCCCAGAGUCCCAUUUCCAAAUCAAGGGUCAAAUGCUGACUUAGAUAUAUAAACUGUUUUUAAUCACAUUUUCAAGUUGUAUUUCAGAAAAAAUUCUUCCAUUUACCCAUUUAAAAUACAAAAGCCAUCUAAGUAUACAUCUAUGGGUUCAUUUUCCCGUGCUAAAAGGAUGAUUUUCAGAUGUUGGGCUGAGAGAUUUAACCUUCUUUACCCAAAGAAUAAAAUGUGAGUUGUAA